GCCCGAGGGGUGGAUACACCGGCAACGAUUGCGAAACGAUGAAGGCUGGUCUCCGGCGUGGAUUGAGAACAGUGGCGAGGACGGAUUGGAUUUGCGGGAAGACGAUUUCUCGUUCAGUCUCAUCUCAUUACAUCCGCUCACCCCAAUCCGCUAGCACCCCCCACCUCUGCUGGACUGAGCGGAAGCGCUAGGGGGUCUACAUGAUAACCUUUUGCGCUUGCUGGAUUGAGGGUGUUUUCUAGUUCCAGCUGCUGGUGUGGGUCUUUAAAGAAAAUUUGUUUCAACUGCUCUCGUAGCUGGGGGGCGGGGAGAGCAAGCGAGAUAAGUUCGAAACAGACAUCAGCAGCGAGGGGUGUGGAUACUUGGGGAGAGAGUUCUGGUGGGGGAAUUCGGUGGUUGGGAAUGCUUUGGUCGCGAGACGAGCUUUGGAAUUCCGGAAGUGGUGCUGGACCGGAGUUGAUUGUCGCUGCCGUGGUUGGGUCAUUGCGGGAGGAUUAAUUUGAGUUGGGCGUGUGGCAGCUGUGUCGUGUUUUUUUUUGGUUUCGCUGUGGACUGGUCGCAGCUUUGUGACUGUCCUCAUGCACCUCGUUUCCGGAGAAUUGGUGUGAGUUUCGAGGUUUUGGCGAGGUUUUUCCCAAGUGCGCAUUGAGGGACUGUUGCCGCGGUAGCACUUGGGAAUCUCGACUAAGCCCCCCUCCCCCUUGCGCGAAUAGAAUGGCUCCAAGGACCGGAAAAGCUAAAGUCGGGAAGGUUAAGGGAGAGAAGAAGAAGAGGGAGGAAAAAAUUCUUCCAGCUGUAUUGGACUUUCAGAUAGUGCUUCCUGAUGAAAAUCAAGUCACAUUGAAGGCAAUCUCGACAGAUCGCCUUCUUGAUGUACGACGGUUGCUCGCAGUGAACGUAGAAACCUGCCACCUUACUAAUUAUUCUUUCACGCAUGAGGUCCGAGGAGAUAAAUUGCGAGACUCAUUUGAGGUCACCGCACUAAAGCCAUGUGUUCUCACCAUUGUCGAAGAGGACUAUACAUUUGACUCGGCUGUGGCUCAUGUUAGGAGGCUUUUAGAUAUUGUUGCAUGUACGCACUUUUUUGGGCCUUCGCAACAAUCGAAAUUGAAGAAUAAUCAGACCCAAUCUAAGGAUGGGGCAGAGGAGCAGGACAAUAGCACCUCGAGUGCGGAAGCAGACGAAUCCGCUGCUUCUGAGGGCGUCUCGGAGGCUGGCAAGGCUGCCAACGGUGUUCUGGUUGAGAUUGAUGAGAAUGCCGCUUCUGCCAGGUUGAAUCGGGAAAAGCUCAUUUUGAAAGGAAAGCCCGAGGCCAUGGCGGCUAUGGCAGCAGCCAAGGAGGCCACGGAAAGGGGUGACAUGGCUGGAAUGUGCCCUCCUUCGAAGCUUGGCCAAUUUUAUGAAUUCUUCUCCUUUUCUCACAUCACGCCCCCAAUUCAAUUUAUUCGGCGAUCGUCAAGAAGUUCAUCGGAAAACAACCUUGGAACCAAUUUCCUCGUCCUCGACGUGAGACUUUGCAAUGGGAAGCUUGUAACUGUAGCAGUUAAUGAGAAAGGUUUCUCUAGCUGCACUAAGCAGCUCUAUCAUGACCAUUCACUGGUUGUGCUUCUCCGGAGUCUCAGCAAAGCGUUUUCGAAGGCUUAUGAUGACCUUAUGAGAGCACUUCUGGAACGUAAUAGGUUUGGCAAUCUUCCUUAUGGCUUCCGAUCCAACACAUGGGUAGUUCCUCCAGUGGCAGCCGAUGCCCCUUCGGAGUUUCCUCUGCUCCCCACUGAAGAUAGUGCCUGGGGUGGUAAUGGAGGAGGUAGAGGGAAGAAUGAAUUAAGUUGUGUACGUAAUUGGGCACAAGACUUUACUACUCUUGCCACGAUGCCUUGCUCUACACCGGAGGAACGUGAGAUUAGAGACCGGAAGGCGUUUCUCUUGCAUAGUAAUUUUGUUGAUCGUGCGGUGACUGAGGCGACCAACAUUAUUGAGCAACACUACGACGGUGGCCUGCAAGAUGAAGUAUUCUCUGAAGAGAGAGGGUACAUUAAAUUUUCACUACGAAGAGAUGUUUCGGAUACAAUUAAGAAGACAGAGUUGAAGAUUGGAUCUAAUCAAUUUCCGGAAUUGGGAGAGGCGGAUUUAGCUAAGAGAAAUCUGUUGAAGGGAGUUACUGCAAACGAAAGCACCACUAUCCAUGACACUGCAUCCUUGGUGCUUGUGUUCGUUCGCCACCGGGGAUAUAUUGUACUGGCUGAAGCUGCAGGGCCUGUUCAGGAAGGUGAAGAGAAUGCAUCCACUGACGUAGAUGUUGACGAUCUGCCUGAUGGUGGGGCGAACGCAUUAAAUGUUAACAGCCUUCGCACUCUUUUGCACUGCAAAGUGAAAGGCAGUGCGCGUACGGCUGCAGACGCUGAGCAGAUCCAAAACGCACGGGACCUUGUUACCUCAAUACUUCAGAAGAGCAUGACCACUCUGGAGAGCGAAGAAGACCGAAAUCCAUCAUCCAUGCGAUGGGAGCUUGGUGCUUGCUGGGUGCAACACCUGCAGUCAGAGGCAGCAAUUUUGAAGGAGAGGAAGCAGUCGACUGCUAAAGAGAGUAAGGGAGGCGAUAGCAAGACCACUGUUAAGUCUGCAAGUGCACCACCAGAGCAAUCUCAGAGUGCAGAGGACUCUGCACAGAAAGCCGGAAAUGCAGUGCCCGAGCUUUCUGUACCAGCAGAGUUGUUGAAACACAUACCUCCUUGUGCUCGAGCUCGUCUUAACGAGUCGGCUGCAUUGCUUGCCUGCAAGUCACUAGAAGAGUUAAUGGACGGAGCCCGUCACUAUUAUGAAGACGUCGCGCUUCCAAAGUUGGUGGCCGAUUUUGGAUCCCUUGAGUUGUCUCCGGUGGACGGGCGCACCCUCACGGAUUUCAUGCACACUCGAGGUCUACAGAUGCGCUCCUUGGGGAGAGUGGCGGAACUGGCUGUUAAAUUGCCACAUGUCCAAGCUCUUUGUGUGCAUGAAAUGGUGGUUCGUGCAUACAAGCAUGUGUUGCAGGCCCUUGUGGCCGCGACGAAAUCUACAUCUGAUUUGUCAGCAAAUAUUGCCGAAGCCCUAAACUUCAUGCUUGGGUCUGCGUCAGAGGAUAGAACCUCUGCUGUUUCUCAAUGGGUGAAGAUAUUCGUGAGCAAGCGCUUUGGUUGGAAACUUGACCAAAGUCAAGCGAAUGCGGAUAUUCGAAAGUAUGCUGUUCUUCGAGGCUUGUGUCACAAGGUGGGAAUUGAAGUUGCGCCUCGUGACUACGCUUUCGAUUGCGCAACGCCUUUUAAGAAGGCCGACAUUAUCAGCAUGGUUCCAGUCUAUAAGCAGGUUGCCUGCUCUUCUGCAGACGGUAGGACACUGCUGGAAUCAUCUAAGGCAGCGCUUGAUAAGGGGAAACUGGAUGAUGCUGUGGCUUAUGGAACAAAGGCCUUAGCGAAGUUGGUGGCUGUUUGUGGACCUUAUCACCGAAUGACUGCUGGUGCAUAUAGUCUAUUGGCAGUAGUGCUAUAUCAUACAGGUGACUUUAAUCAGGCAACAAUUUAUCAACAGAAGGCGUUGGACAUUAAUGAGCGAGAACUUGGACUUGACCACCCAGAUACCAUGAAAAGUUAUGGUGAUCUGGCAGUAUUUUACUAUCGUCUUCAACACACCGAGUUGGCACUUAAAUAUGUUAAUAGAGCUCUCUACUUGCUACAUUUAAUAUGCGGUCCUUCUCACCCAAAUACUGCUGCGACAUAUAUCAAUGUAGCCAUGAUGGAAGAGGGUCUAGGAAAUAUCCAUGUGGCUCUUCGUUAUUUACAUGAGGCUCUGAAGUGCAAUCAGCGGCUUCUGGGAGCUGACCACAUUCAGACUGCUGCAAGUUACCACGCAAUUGCAAUUGCGCUUUCACUUAUGGAGGCUUACUCCCUCAGUGUUCAGCAUGAGCAAACUACCUUACAGAUUUUGCAAACUAAACUUGGAUCUGAUGACCUUCGAACACAGGAUGCAGCCGCCUGGCUAGAGUACUUCGAUUCUAAAGCGCUAGAACAGCAGGAAGCUGCCCGAAUGGGAAUGCCAAAGCCUGAUGCGUCAAUUGCUAGCAAAGGUCACCUAAGUGUCUCGGAUCUUUUGGAAUACAUCAACGAAGCUGAGCAGAAAGACAAAGAUGCCCUCAAGCGGAAGGCGCGGAAAGCUAAGCUGCAGGGAAAAGAGCCAGGUGCACCGACAGGUCUUGAUUCAGCAUCUCAAAUUGUGACUUCCGACGAGGGCUCCAUUGAGAGUGAUGUCCCAGUGACUGCAGUAGAUAUUGAACCUACAGCGGAUGCGAAGAAGUCUGUUUCACUGGAAGUUGAUUUGGAUCGUGGGCAGAUCGUGCCUUCUCCUUCACCAGCCAACGAUGCUGAAGCUCUUCGAGUUGACAGGUUAAUAACUCUAGAUGAUGAAGAAGGCUGGCAGGAAGCCGUUCCCAGGGCUAGGUCCGUAGCCAACAAGAGGAGACCCGUUCACGGGUAUUCAGGUCAAGAUUCAUCCCACAAAGGCUUAUCUAGUUAUCAUAGAUCUCGAGGUGCAGGCAAUGCUGGUGGAGGGGAUUAUAGCCGUGCUGGGAGAAGCAGCGGACCUAAGGCGAACAACUACAGCAAUGAAAAUUUGCAGGUACAUACAGGUGUUACAGGAAACUCUGAGAAACCUUCUUCGAAAGAGAUGAGUGGACCUGUGAGGAGGACACCUGCAGCCCCCUCUCAAGUUGUUCCUUCAACUAAGAUAGCUCCUGUGGUAGACACUGCGCCUGUAGUACUUGAACCUAACACCGAGAAAAAGGAAACCGAGGGUGAAAACCAUGAGGCCGUAGUGUCUCAACUUCCUGUUCGCCAGUCUUCGAUCAAGUUUUCUAAGGUAGUUCCUGGAAAAGGUUCCUUUUCCUACAAAGAGGUUGCUCUCACUUCUCCAGGAUCUAUGUUGCAACUACGCUCAGCGUUGGAGGCUUCAGCUGUUUCGGAUGCUUCACCUCAGACUGAUGUUGCACAACCUGGUUCAUCUGAAACGAAAUCGAUAGAGGCUACUUCUGUGGAUGCUUCCUCAGCAGAGGCUUCUUUGGUGGAGUCUACCGCUGAGGAAGACGUCGAUAAUAAGGACGAUGUUCCAGAGAUGAUUACUUCAUCUGCUCCCUCUAUUCCAUCAUCUGCAGAGGCGGAGGUUGAGCCGGAGGAACGUAUUAUUGAAGCCGUCGAGCCUUCACCUCCUGCUCAAUCAUUUGAUACUUCUCCUCAGGACUCAAGUGAACUUAGUGUCAAAUCGGUGUCAGAAACUCCAGAUGGAGAUGAACAGCUUGAGUACAAAACAGUCGAAGCCAUUGAAGCACAAAAGACUGUUCCCGCCACAAACCCUACUGAAAGUUGUUCUGAAGAAACUACGGACAUUUUAGAUAGAAACGAUGUGGCAUCCCCUGGAAGUGAUGAUGAUUCACCUGCUGCUGCAGCGAAGAGACUAUCAGCCGCAGCUCCACCUUUCAACCCGAAUGAUGUCAUAACGAGCAAGCCUUUGUUACAGGCCAGAGCUGUCGCUGUGACCCCAUUUAAGGAUGGCAGAAGUCCACCAGUUGGUGGUCUUUGCCCUCAGACUGCCGUUCCACCCGUUCACGUCCAGGCUACCGUGGCAGUUACUCCCAUUUGCAAGGUGCCCCAUCCAACCUUGGCACCCCUCCCUUUGUACUACGCCGAUCCGUUGCCACACAUGGGUAUCAUGCAUGGCAUGAUUCCCCACUUCAUGCCGCAUUUUCUUCCAAAUGCUCCCUUAGAUGAGGCUCAUUCCCCUCUACGUAAGGUUCCAUCUCCUACACCAACGCGACCGAAGAAGAUGAAUCCAGACGCAGAAGAGUUCAUUCCAUCGUACCUGAGAGAUCCAUCCGUGCUACCGAUUCACUCCCUGGUCACCUCAGCUGAAAAUCUCUUGGCAAUCGAUCAAGUGGAAAGACUGGAUUCUACUCCAUCCAUUGAAGCAGCAGUUGGAUCCACUACUACUGGUGAUGUUAAUGCCAAUGAAGUAGAAGUUGCUGUGCGGUCGGACGGAGUAGAUGCCAACCAACCUAUUCAAGUCCUGGACGUGGACGACAGAUCCGUAGUGGAUUCUUUACCAUCUUACACUGAAACUGAGUGCGGCACACCGGAUGUGGAAGUUAAGUGCGUCACGGUUCAAUAAUCUAUAGAUCCGUACUUGCGGAAGCACGACGACUGAGCUGACUGAGGAUGUAUAAGCCGGAGCAGCUGUACAAAUUUUUGACAGUAAGUUUUGGAGACCAGCGUAUAAGCCACUUAUAGAGAGACAAUCGGGUGGAAGUCGCUUUAUUGGGCAAUGAGUACUGUGCAAGCAAUUAUUGCAUGGUUUUCUGUCGGCACAACAUGUCUCUGUAUUAGUUAAUGCACAGUGCACAAGAAGCGAUCUUCAAUUUAUUUGACAUUUCGUAGCUAGAUGUCGAGUGAGAAAUCUGCAGUGGAAACCCGCUCCGCUAUUGCCGAAGGAGUACAUACUGGGUAAUUGGUGGGUACCAUCUAGGUCUUAGAAUCCGCCUACACUCACAGGAUGAGCAAAGCAGUGCUGAGCAUAAUAUUAGUGAGCAGUUCAGCGAAUGCACCCUUGGAUAUUGUAGCAAUGAGUUCGGCACUUUCAUCUUUGACAUUGUAGCAGUGAGUUGUUGUCGUGAUAAUAAAAUAUGGAUGUGGGUUGAUCUGCAAAUUCCAAUUCAA